AUGGAUCCGCUCCGGCUCCUGCGGGAGUACGUGAGCGGUGGGCGUCUCGAGGAGGUCACCACGGUGGGGGACCGGGUGCACUUCGGCACCCGUUUCGCCCUCCCCCGCUCUGCCCGGACGGCCUACAAGUCUCAGGCCAAGGACGGCGCCUUCUACGAUCUGGGAGCCCUGCUCUUCUAUGCCAGGAACUUGGGCCCCACCUUCAAGUAUGCCGACUACUUCAAGAAGGCCAGGGAGGCCGGGGUCGGGCAGGUCACCUUCAUCGACCGCAAGGACCUGGAGCUGUACCUGACCGGCAAGAUUGACAAGUCGGCGGCCAUCGAGGAGGGUCCCCAGGACCUGGGGCCGGUGGAGGGCCCCGAGGCCGUGGACCCCGGCCUCCCGCCCCUCGGCGCCCCCAGCGAGGAGGCUGCGGGGCCGGGCGGCGUGGGUGGAAAGGAGGGCGACGCUGAGGAGGCCACCCUGCGCCGCGUCCUGGCCAACGAGCUCCAGCUGCGGGACCGCAACUCCAUGCUGCUGGUCCCCGGCCGCUCCUUCCACAAGGUGCUGGCCCUCCUCCGCGCCGUGCAGGCCGACGAGGCCUGUGCCCCCCUGACUCAGCCCAAGAAGAAGGAGGGGGGGGGGGGAUCGCUGCCCGUGGCGCCCUCCGGCCGCUACGAGCGCGAGACCGCGCAGGACGCCACGCUGCGCACGCUGGGCGCGCAGCAACUGGGCAUCAGCAGCGUGGCCUUCACGACCGCUGGCGCGAGGGCGCCGGGGUCGGGGCGGCCCAUCAUCAUGGUCCCGCCGGGGCUGACCUCCAUGGUCAACAUGUACAACAUCGGGCCGCUACUGGAAACGGGGACCUUCAAGCCGGCCGAGGGCGUGCGGAAGAGCGACCGCCUCAUCAUCUCGCGGACCAUGGGCCGUGCCAAGCCCGUGGCCUACGAGGUGACAGACCAGGAACCUCGGCACCGCAGGGACUGGGACCGCGUGGUCGCGGUGUUCUGCUCGGGCAAGGCGUGGCAGUUCAAGAAGUGGCCCUUCCCGGGGGCCUCGUCGGGGGACCUGCUGGACACCUUCCAGAGGAUGGCGGGGGCGUACCUGCACUACCAGGACGAGCAGAUCGACCCCGCCGUCAAGGCUUGGAAGGUCAAGGUGUACAGCCUGUCGCGCGAGGGCCGGCACAGGGACAUUGUCAUCGCCCAGGAUUUCUUCAAGACCCUGGACGCCUUCCUGCAGGCCAAGAAGAGCACCCUGGCAUACUGA